UGAAAUCGGCCUCUUUCCCUGUGCCUGAAUGCGAGAGGAACAGGGCGCCCGCAGCCCUCCGUCUAAAUCCAACUCCAUCCUCCUUUGAGGGCACCAUAUACCUUCUCCAAAAUGACCGAGCAGAUGACCGUGAGGGGGACCCUGAAGGGCCACAAUGGUUGGGUGACCCAGAUAGCAACUACGCCGCAGUUUCCCGAUAUGAUUCUGUCUGCGUCCCGAGACAAGACUAUCAUCAUGUGGAAACUGACUCGUGAUGAGACUAACUACGGAAUCCCCCAGCGGGCGCUGCGGGGUCACUCGCACUUCGUGAGUGACGUGGUCAUCUCCUCGGACGGGCAGUUCGCCCUGUCCGGGUCCUGGGACGGGACUCUGCGCCUGUGGGACCUGACCACUGGUACCACAACCCGGCGCUUUGUCGGCCACACCAAGGACGUCCUGAGCGUUGCCUUCUCCGCUGAUAACAGGCAGAUUGUGUCCGGGUCCCGGGACAAGACCAUCAAGCUGUGGAACACCCUGGGAGUCUGCAAGUACACCAUCCAGGAUGAGAGUCACUCUGAGUGGGUGUCCUGCGUGCGUUUCUCCCCCAACAGCAGCAACCCCAUCAUUGUCUCCUGCGGCUGGGACAAGAUGGUCAAGGUGUGGAACCUGGCCAACUGCAAGCUGAAGACCAAUCACAUCGGCCACACCGGAUACCUGAACACCGUCACUGUGUCUCCUGACGGCUCCCUGUGUGCCUCUGGUGGCAAGGACGGGCAGGCCAUGCUGUGGGAUCUGAAUGAGGGGAAGCACCUGUACACCCUGGACAGUGGUGACACCAUCAACGCUCUCUGCUUCAGCCCUAACCGCUACUGGCUUUGUGCAGCCACCGGCCCCAGCAUCAAGAUCUGGGAUCUGGAGGGCAAGAUCAUUGUUGAUGAGCUGAGACAGGAAGUGAUCAGCACCAACAGCAAGGCUGAGCCACCUCAGUGCACCUCUCUGGCCUGGUCUGCUGAUGGACAGACCCUGUUUGCUGGCUACACUGACAACCUGAUCAGAGUGUGGCAGGUCACCAUCGGAACACGAUAGGAAGCCUCUUUUUUAGGAACUAUCAGCGUUGAAUAAAAAAAAUUGUGGAAACUGA